AUGGAAAACAAGAAAAUAUAUUUUGAAGAAGCUGAUCGACCUCCAGCAUCUUACUAUGAUAAUGAUAUAUCUGAUGAUAUUCCUUUAAAAAAAGUUCCAUUCAAAACUAUUGAUCCUGAAGAAUGGCUGAAGGCUCCCGAAUUCAUUCCAAGAUCUCGUCUUAAUGAGGCUUUUGAUCUUCCACCCCAAUUCUCUUCCACAAAUGCUUUGACAACAGAUGAUUGUCAUGGAUAUUCUAACGUUUUGGCUCACUUUCCAGCUAAUCAAAUGGCUUUUCCACCUGCACUGCAAUCCAUAGCUUCUUCAGCUGUAGUACUUCCUAGCAUGGUUCCGAACCCCAUCACCUCAACCGCUUCUAACAUGAGCGGGCAGAACUUACCAACAUUCACGGCACAUCCGUCAGCAACAUUAACAGGCAUUCCGCAAGGAUAUUCAGCUAAUUUGACUUCAAUUCAAGCUGGAUUCGGAACUCCCAUCCCUGCCAUCGUUUUACGUAAGAAGAGAAGGAAACGCAAUCGUCACACUAAUUCUGUCUUGAGUUCAUUGAACUCACAUGAAACGGAAAUGACAGAGGUAGAGAAGGAUGUGCAGCCAGACUCUGCCAAUGUUCCAACUCAAAUAAUAGAAGAACAAUCUCACGAAAAGCUAAUUGGCGGAUCCUGCCCAGACCUCUCAGAAGAUCAGUUACAGAUGUGGGAUGAUUACUUAUACAACACAGCUGUUGGAUCCAUAGAUUAUGAAGCUGCCGUCUCUAACAGCGAUAAGAAAAAUAAUAAUGACAUAAUGAUUUCUUCAGCCGAACAGCAUGUCCAGGGAAUUACUAGUUCUGAAAUCCGUAGUCUGGAUAAGAAGUUGACAGAGAAUCCAAUGACAACUUCGACUGUCAUGCGAAAACUGAAUGAGAGGAAAACAACAAGUGAUGCUAAAACAGAGAAGACGUUGGCUUCUGAAUUGAACGCAGUCAACCAUGGGGAUACUCUUCAGUUCCGUCCGCAGUUGACUAAGUACGGAUAUCCUCAGAUCGAUUCUUCCAACGUUCAAAUGGCCACAUUUCACCCUGAUGGGGUUCGGACGGAGAUUGUGCGAAAAUACAGCUCAGAUGAUGAUCGUUUCGAAGAGGACUGUUUCGAAGGAAUGAACAUUACUGUGAAUGCCUUUGAUGCUUGUGAGGAUUUGACUUUAUCGGAUGUUGAGAACAGUUCUGGUCAAAGUCGGUUCAACCAAAUACAAAAAGCCUUAAAAAGAAAUUCUUUGCGUUCUUAUGAUGUUGGAUUGAAGCCUCCAGAACGGGUAUGCUGCUCCUUAAUGUAG